AUUUUUUUUAAUACAUAUUAUUUUUUUUAGAUUAUUAUUAUAAUAAAUAAAUGAAUUAUAAAUUUUUGCCAAUAUUUCUAUCAUUUUAUAUCCCUAUUAUAACCACUACUGAUUGGACAAAUGGGCCCAACGUUUGUGUAGCUAAGAUCACGAUAUUGGAGAGGGUGCAAGAAAAUUUUGACGAUUACGAGCCAAUUAGAUUUAAAAGAACUAGCGUAUUUCCAAUUAGAACGAGGAUCGUUUGUCAAGAUUAUUACGAUGUUCGUGUAUGCUUAUACAGGAUAUAUAGAGGCCCUCGUUUGCUGGAGGAAUAUGCGAAAACUUAUUCCUGUUGUCACGGAUAUACCACUGCAAAAAAUCGUUUACAACCAUAUUGCAAUCAAAGUUUGGUACUUAAAAACAUGACCAAAACUCUCAAAGGCCUUAAUUACAUUCGCAAGAAUCCUUCUAUAGUAAAUACUUCCCAGCUGUUUAAAAUUUUAAAUACUAAGGGGAAUAUCACACUUUUCCUUCCGAUAAACAAUUCGGCUUUUCUGGAUCAAAAUAUAAUUUCUGAAUAUUUGCCUAGAGGUCUCAUAUUAAAUGACAUGCAAAGAAUUGUGAUGGGUUCCGAUUCAUAUGGCUUACAUUUCACAAUUCACAAGGUUAAUAGUCGGCGUUUCCAAUGGGCAGUUAAUUGUGUAACCGUGAUAAAGGAGUAUUUUACUACCCAAGGAAUAAUUUACAAAUUAAAAGACCAACUUCCUCGCACUAAGCAAACUGUGUAUGAUUUUCUGAAGCAACAAGAACCCAACUCGACUAUGGCAAAAUAUUUGAUAGUCUCAGGACUCGCCAAUUUGACUCUUGAUCCUGGGAAAUAUUAUACUAUCAUAUUACCAUCGAAUUUAGUUUUAAAUCAAUUAUCUCCACAACUCAUCCAAGAUUUAGCAUCUAACGUAGAAUGUUCUAAAGAAACGCUUAAAAUGCACAUAAUCGAAAAAUGGAUUUGUCCUUGUCUCUAUAAAAAACCUCAAGCGUUUAAAAGUUUAGAAGGUUCGAUUGUAAAUAUAAGCUCAAACAUGAUAAAUAAUGAAUCCAUCACCGACACUCGUGUUUUAUCCAACGGGGUUAUUAUAUUCAUGGACCUAGUCUUAAUAUCGAAUAAAUCAAUAUCAUUGGUUGAAAUCUUGCAGGGAGAAUCACAAGCUAGUGUAUUCAUGAAUUACUUUAUUAGAUAUAACUUAAGUAUUCUGAACGAAAUUCGAGAUAAAUUAGUUCUUAUACCAGACAAUGCCGCUUUCCUAAAUCUUGAUCAAAACAUAAAAGAAAAAUUGAGACAAAAUAUAUCUUACGUCAUGGAGUUCCUUGAAAACUAUAUAAAGCCAUCUAAUACCCUAGAUAGAGUUGAACAUCUUGAAGUCGCAAAUGAUUCUGUGUAUAAUGAUUAUAAGCAUAAAAAUGGGGUACUCGACAAUUUACAAUGUUUAAGAAAGAUUAGUAAAAAAAUCUACUAUUUUUGUGGAGGAAAAUUUCGCUUUAUCCCUAAGGCAUUAGUUCCUCUACCAGCGAAUUUAUCAGAAAUUCUAGCCGGAUAUUCAGAAAUCAGCAUAUUUAGACAGUUUCUAGAUCGUUCCAAUUUAACAUUCAAAAGAAAUGUAUAUUAUACAAUAUGGGUUCCAACUAAUAGAGCACUUGAAAAUAUCGUAAAUGUGUCAGUUGAGAAUUUCGUUAAAAUACAUAUAUACCCAGGUCUACAUUAUGAUCAUUGCUAUCAAGCUAAAGGUAAUGAAUUCUAUUUGAAUCCAAAACUUUCAUAUCUCUAUAACGAAGAUGGGAAUAUAAUUUACGUACCACCUAACUGGCCAAUAAACGUGAUAAAUGUUAACAUAAUAAAGUGGGACAUUUUAGGUCAAAAUUUUUUGAUACAUAUUGUGGACAAUUAUUUCGACGGUAACAUAGUUAAAUUAAUUCUAAAUUUUGAUCACACCAAAAACCAUUAUGGGUAAGGUUUUAGAGGAUGCAUUAUCCGAAAAAAAAAAUUAUCUUUAAUAUUUUAAGCUUAUUUAUAUUUCUUUCUUAAAAAAUCUAUUGUAAAUUCCCUUUGUUUCCAUAUAUCUAUCAUAAUAUAGUCAUUUAAAAUAUAUAAUCAUUGAUAAUUUUUAAUAUUUUAAAUGAUAUGGUGUUAAUAAUUUUAUUAUUUUAUAAUUUAUUUGAAUUUGGAAAUGUAUGCUGAAAAUAUUGUUUUUUUCAACCCAAACGAAUUCAAACAUUUAUUUGAAAACCUCAUCACUCAUUUUUUACUAGGGGGAAUCGUGGGGGGGGGGGGCAAUUUUAAAUAUAGCUUUAUUUUAAAGGUCAACAAUAUUUUAUUAAAAAUUUUAAGAAAUUGAUUUAUAAUAAUGUAUACCGAACUUUGUACUUUUUAUUGAGUCUACAAAUGAUAAAUAAUUCCUUAUAGAAUUAUGAAUUUCUAUAUAUUAUAAAUAAUGGGUCUUAAUCGCUAUUUCAUUUAUCAAUUUUUUAUAAAUUCGAAUUGGAACUGAA